GUUUAAACCAUAGACUGUAUAAAAACAACAGACCGUCUGCCUGGGAGGUCCAAACGCUUACACGAGAAAGUAUUGCAUACACCCUUGAAAUAACUCACUUAGAGCUCUGCCCUUCGAACGAAGUAGGCAGUAUAGGGAUCAUGCUCACGUAAGUCUGAAAUUCGCCCCUAGUGUUUGGUGUAUCCAUGGCAGCAGAACUCUAGAUGGUCACUUGCAUCGACGGCUCUGCUGCUUUAGGAUGAGUCAGCCCUGUAAAUACAGCAACAAAGUACUCAUUGGUAAUUGGGCAGAGGAGAGAUUACAUGUAGUUCACUCAGGACUGCGAGAUGGCCAACAGCAGCUACAGGAUGGACUACAUGGCCCAUAUGCCACACAGGCCUGAUGCUGUCAUGUGCCAAAGGGCAUUUCGCAGAUCAGAGGGUCUUCCCUUAAGGCAGUUAUUUUCUCAUCAUGGCCUCCUCUCCUCCCACUGUCUGGUGUCACAGUAUGAUGAGUCGUACGGGCGGCAGGCCUCCUCCUCUCUGCCCACACUGCACUCCUGGAGCUCUUUCAAACUGGCCAGGGUCCCAGAGAGGUCAGAUCACCCAAUCCAAGGCCCCCCUACUAAUUUUGGCUUGGCGGCUUCUUGGCGGGCCCGCAUGGAACAACAGCGGGCACUUGUGCCCACAUUAAGCGAGUAUAGGGCUUCAUACCCUCUGCACCCCAACAGUGCCUUCUGUUAUUCUCACCACGUCAGCAUGCUCAAGCGCUUCUCCAGCAGUCAGCUUCCUGCCAACCUCAGCAACGAGGACCUGGCACUGAAACACUAACCAUGCAGGCAGGUCUCCAGUAAUCCAGUCAGCCUGCUGUGACCCUUACCCCACCUUUAGCCCUCAAGUACCACACAGACUGGCCCCAACCUGGGGUGAGCACUCGGAGUAACUUGUUUUAUUGAUUAAUGGCACCGAAAACCAAAGAAGCAGGAGCAUUUUACUGUGUUUGCACAAAAACAAAUAAAAUAUAUAAACAGCA